AUGUCUUGCAGCAAGCCGGAGCAAGUUCACAAGUUUGCUUCACGGCAGUGGUCAUCGGGAUCACUGAUGCGUGGCCUUUCCUUUCUGAAUGACCAGUCCAAGAAAGAACAGGUGGAAUAUGGUGAUAUUCUGUCAGUUGCCAAAAGUCGCCUUGCAACGCUGCAAGCACAGAAUGGGCAAGUUCCAUCGACGCCUGAAGCUCGGGUGCGGGCUGUGACUUCACCACAGGACAACAGCGAAAAAGGUGAGAUGAGCGAAGAUGACCUGAGUGAGGAGGAGGAUGCUGAUGCGCCCCAGCAGCAGAAGAAGGCCACUGAGGAGUACAAAAAGCUGGCCGCCCUCAAUGCCAAGCUUGCCAGGAUUUGCAAACCGAAAGCACAUUCAGGACGACUGGAAGUGAGCCAGGAGAUUCACAAACAGUGGAUGGCUGGAGGUGAACAGCGAAAGAGUCUUUUGAACAUUCUUAUCAAAGCAAAUGGCGAUAAGGCGGUCUUCAAGAAGGAAAUCGAGCACAUGCAGAGGAAUCGAAUCAAGGCAGUUUGCAGAUACUGCACUGCGAAAUCCCGGGUCAAAACACAUGUGAGGCGCGACAAGUAUGAGCGAAACAUCAGGGAAUUCUGGGUCGAUGUGGCCACAACUGGGGCAUUCGAGCGAGAGAAUGAAGAAACGUUGUGUGACAAGACCGGAGCUGAGGGAACUGCUGUCUCCUUUGACCUUGGGCUCCCUGCUGAGCAGCCUCAGGUUGAUGACAGAGGCCCACCCUCCGAUCCUGACGAUUCAGAUGCUGAGGUUGGCUCAGGCAACGAAGAUGACAGCGAUCGCUCAACCAGAACCAAAGUGCCCCGUCCGGGUGACGUGCAAGAGGAGUCUGUCUUUGAGGCCCACGAGAACAUCCCAGAGGUUGUCAACAACUUGCUGCGUGUGCAGGGCCGGAUGGAUACACUUUAUGAGAAGGUUUCAGCGGUGAGCAGUAAUGAAGCCCAGGAGAGCCUGAAGAAGGUAGACAAGUACCGCUCAACCCUCGGAAACCUACAUGAUGAGCUGGCUGAUUUGAAGUCUUACUUUGAUGGACACAUCAAAGCAUGCAGUGAAGAUGAGAAGUUUGACAAAGCGAAUCUAAUCAGCAUGUUGAGAUAA